GCUGGUGCGCCCGGCGUUCGCACCUUGAGGGGGGGGUUCUGUAACGGUCCUGACCUGUUUUAUGUUGUUUUUGUAUGUGUUUAUGGUCAGGGCGUGUGUUUUGGGUGGGCAGUCUAUGUUUUCUGUUUCUAUGUUGGUUUUGGGUUGCCUGGUAUGGCUCUUAAUUAGAGGCAGGUGGUUUGCGUUUUCCUCUAAUUAAGAGUCAUAUUUAGGUAGGGUGUUCUCACUGUUUGUUUGUGGGUGAUUGUCUUCCGUAUCUGUGUUAUGUUUGCACCAUACGGGACUGUUUGGCUGUUCGUUUCGUUUUGAUGUAGUCUGUUCCUGUCCGUGAGUGUUACGUUAGUUAUGUAAGUUCAUGUUCAGGUUUUUCGUCUACGUCGUUUUCUUGUUUUGUAAUUUUGAAAGUGUUUUGUUUUUCAUGUUGCCAUCGUCGUGUUCAAAUAAAAGAUGGCUUAUUUCCCGAAUGCUGCAUUUUGGUCGACUGAUCCUUCUCUCCUCUCCUCGUCCGAAGAAGAGGAGGGCGACAGCCCUUACAAAUUCAUUACAUCUAUCUGCAUUAGGUGAUCAAUUAUUGUCACAAUUGAUGAUCAUAAACAUGUUAUAAUAUACAAUGAUAUACUUCCAAUAUGACAUUUCUGAUAGUUCGACUGAACAAAUAUGGUCUACUUUAGGCUAUCUACUAUAAGGCCUUUAAUUGAUAAGCUAUGACUUUAUUGAUGAGCUAUCCCUCGUGCAUGUUUGUUUUACAGCGCACUGCCCAGACUUGCCAAGAUCUGAGCUUCGUAGGGGGCCAACUCUACGACUGCCCUUACACCGCCCCAACGUCAGCAGACAGUGUUGAUGUUUCCACGGUGACUCUGGCCUCCUUUUGGGCCGAUGGUUCCCCAGACAACACAGCCUGCCUGCAGGAACCGACACAGCGGGAACUCCUCUCCCGCUUGGACUGUGGGACCUCUCCACCUGACCCCAACUGGAAUGACCACCUGUUGCCACAUUUGCAGAGAAACAAGCAGCUUCAAGACACAUUGAUACAAAGAGAGGAGGAAUUGGCAAGACUGCAAGAGGAAAAUAACAAUCUAAAAGAAUUCUUAAACUCCUCAUGUGUGAAAGCCUUGGAUGAAAAAACUAAGAGCCUUCUCUCUGCUCAGAGUGGCGAUGGGAGGAGGAACCGGAAGCGGAAUUCUGAAAUCCAGAAUCUGCAUGGUGUUGGAGAAUUCCGGAACCUCAGUGCCAGUCAGCUGCUCCUUGGUUCUCAGGUGAAACGGACCUGCCGGAACUUGUCCCUGGAGUUCUGUUCUGAAGAGGAGCUAGCCUGCACCGAUUCUGUGGACCUGUGGAUCUUGCAUACCUUGGGCCUGAAGGACGAGGACACCAUCGAUACAUCAUCCACUGAAUACAGCUUCAACUGCUCCAUUAGCUCCCUCACCAAAUCCAGCUCCGUCACAGACUCCUCUGGUGACUACUGCCAAACAACCGAUCACAAAAAUACUGCUUAUGACUCACCUACUGAUGGCCUGUGCAAUGGUGCCAGUAUAGGGCUAUCCAAUGAUUACUGCUUUAACACCAACAGUGACUACAGUCUCUCUACUGACUCCGGCUCUGACUUCACUGGAACUGUGCUGUCUGUCUUAUACAGCCCCAGCAUAGAAGUCCCCCCCAAUUUCCAUGUCACCCCUUAUGAACCCCCACUGCCCCAAUCGGUCAACACUCUCUCGCCACCUGAUCCAAUACAGUCAUUCAGGCCCAUCUUAGCCUCCUCACCCAACCUGUCUCAGGACAGGAGUCCCGGGAUGCACCACACUCCCAGCCUGCACUGCCGUAGUCUCUCCAGUCCCAUAGGGGGUGACGUGAUGACUACCCCAUUGUCUACCCCACAUAGCCAGACAGAGCUGGCCUUCAGCAUGUCCCUAAACCCUUCCAGCAGCGUCAGACUCAAGACACACAGUUUUCCACAGGGACAGGCCUUCGUCCGCAAGAACACCCAGGGAGGCUGGAACUUUACCUGGGUCCCCAAACAAGGCCCGUAAGCCUCAUUUAUACCCUACGUACGUACAAACACAAGCUCUACAAUUAGCUAUGCAAAAUUCAGACCCUAAGUAGUUGGAUAGCAAAAACAUGUUACCCCUACUUUGAGUGUCAAUGAUGAUAGCAGUGAUGACGGUAAGAACUUCCUGUGUUCCUGUAUAGGGACCAGAGUUUUUCAUGGUCAGGUCAAUUGGAUAGGAAAGACUUGUGACCCUAGCUAUUAUCCUACCCCCCUUCUACAGACCAGAAACAGAGCCUGUCAUCCAAUUAGAGCUCAAUCAAACCAGUACCCAAGGAAAAACUCCCUACAUCAGUCGAUCACGAUCUUGACUUGAUUCAACAGCACUAGUGCCAGGAAUGCAAAGUGUUCCCAUGUUGAACCAUUUAAUGUGUCUGAAGGUAGAACUCCGCCUACUCAGCAGGUCCAGAGAUAAAAAAAAAAUGCACCUAUUAGGCCUACCGCUGGCCAAUCAGAUAGCUCAGAUCACAGUGUCUGCACAAUUUCCUAGAACACACAGCAAAGUUGAUAAUGUGAUAUUUCAAAACUAUUAAAACCAUGACUAGAGAGAGACUCAACAAAUACAGCAAAGAGCAACUUUUUAUCCCCCCCAGAAACCUGCUCCCUUUACUCUCUGUUCCGGACGUCCUAGACGACCAAUUCUCAUAGCUUUUAGCCGUACCCUUAUCGUACUCCUCCUCAUUUUCUCUGGUGAUGUAGAGGUGAAUCCAGGCCCUGCAGUGCUUAGCUCCACUCCUAUUCCCCAGGCGCUCUCUUUUGAUAACUUCUGUAACCGUAAUAGCCUUGGUUUCAUGCAUGUUAACAUUAGAAGCCUCCUCCCUAAGUUUGUUUUAUUCACUGCUUUAGCACACUCUGCCAACCCGUAUGUCCUAGCCGUGUCUGAAUCCUGGCUUAGGAAGACCACCAAAAACUCUGUAAUCUCCAUCCCUAACUACAACAUUUUCAGACAAGAUAGA